UUGUAAAGCCUGGGUUCUCCGUUCUGAGGGAGUUCGGGAGUUUGUAGUUACCGGUGCUGCGGGACUUUUCGACGGUUAUUCGUGACUGGGACUGUGAGAAGAAUAUCGGGAGCGUCUGAGGAAAGGCCUCGGUGUUGGUAGGAAAUGGGUUUGUCCGGGCAAGAAGACCUCACAACUUCAGAAGACGAAUUCACCAAAUUUCAAAAAGUCAAGGAGGUAAUGGUGCCCCCUGGGGAACAUCCGCUCCAGUACAAAUACACAUUCUGGUACUCUAGGAGAACCCCGUCAAGACCUGCAAGUACCCACAACUAUGAACAGAAUAUCCGCCCGUUUGGAACAGUAGCAUCGGUGGAGCAAUUCUGGAGAAUCUACAGCCAUAUUGUACGUCCGGGGGAUCUCUCUGGCUAUAGUGACUUUCAUCUCUUCAAGGAUGGCAUCAAACCCAUGUGGGAGGACGAAGCCAAUAAGAAUGGUGGAAAGUGGAUCAUUCGCCUACGGAAAGGCCUGGCUUCCCGAUCCUGGGAGAAUAUUAUCUUGGCCAUGUUAGGGGAGCAGUUUAUGGUCGGGGAAGAGAUCUGCGGGGUGGUCGUAUCGAUCCGCUUCCAGGAGGAUAUCCUGUCCAUCUGGAACAAGACAGCCAAUGAUCAGUUCAGCACAGUAAGAAUCCGGGACACGCUAAGGAGAGUACUGAAUCUGCCUCCCAACACCAUAAUGGAAUACAAAACCCACACCGACAGCCUCAAGGAUAACUCCAGUUUCCGUAAUACAAAGAUCACUGUAUAGCACUCGGGAUCACCGUGGCCAAAAUGUGACACUUCCUGUGAACUGCUCCGUGACUGGCUCGUUAAUUUUGGUACUUGCAUCCGUAUUGAGGCAAUUGCAGCCCCUUCCCAGCAUCGACUGUAAGAUACGUGAAAACACAAUAAAUUAUACAUAUUUUUUUCA